GGACUAUUGCGGUGGUUGCAAGUGUUGCGCUACUUUUAGACGUGUUUUCAACAUAACGAGAUAUCUGGCAUUUAUAAAGUAUGUAUUUUUUCAGCAUCUGACCUCCAGAAAUUUAAGUCGUUAACCGACCUCAAAGUAAAGUUUAAGGGGUGGCUAAUCCCGCGGUAGAAUUUUCGGGAAAUUCAUAAAAGCACCCGGGAAUCCGUUAGUGCCUCUAAAUUAGUAAAUUCUCCCUAGAAUUUAUCAAAUUCUUCUCCUUAGAUGUUUGAUAGUGCUACAGAUUGGAUAUAUGCCUAAUGAAUUUUGCCCUUAAAGAUAAAAUUGUCUGCAGCUCACUUUGCCCAUUUUUGAACGAAAUCCUGCCCGCGUUUUUCCCCAUAACCCAGUACUGAUAUCAUGGUUCGUGCUUCUGGUUCCUUCACCCAUCGUUUUUCUAAGAAAUGUAUCCGUACUGAGGAUGGAUCGAUGUUGGUUGUGAGCAAGAAGAUGAAGAAUAUGCUGAAACAAGAGCUCAAAACGAAUGCAACUGCUGAUAUGCUGGUUGAUGAUUCCAAUUUGGAAAUUAAGACUCCCAAUAUAACCUUUGAAGAAACUUUGGACGAAUCAAAUAGAACGACUCCACUGAACAAUAAGUUGAUUAGCGGUUCUUUACGUACACCAGUAGAUGAUUCAAUUCAUCGUAUAAUGAAAAAAAUUCCGCAAAGAAAACGACAUAAGUUGAGGUUACAGACGCAUUUCAAUCGUCAUACAAAUCUGAAAUCAGCCUUAAAGUCUAUGGUAAAAAAUAAAGAAACAGACAAACCACUGGAUGUUCAGUUACCUGUUGGUGGUCAGUCAUUUUUUACAAAGCCAAGUGAGGCAUCUGACUCAAAAACAAAAUUAAAUAACCCGCGUAAAGUUGGAAACAGCCGUGUUAAAGAAAAGAGACCAUUGGCGAUGAAUGUCCUGAAUUCUUUUCGAAGUAUACUGCAAGAAUUCUAAUGAUUUCAUUUCUUGUUUCCUCUUCUUCACAAGUGAGUGGAUAAGAGAAAGGGAGAGAGAGAGAGUUUUAUUCACUCGUCAUCGGCAAAGAAUUCACUAUUGAUUUUAUGAUACUGUUUCUCGUAUGUAAAUUCUAACUGUAAAUCCUUAUGUACAUAUAAAUAUAUUAUUUUUACAAAUAAAUUUAUAUUGAUUAA